AUGGCUGGUCAGUAUACCCCUACACCCUGGCCUUAUUUUCUCGUUAGGUUGCUCUUCAAGUUUGUACUCAAAAUAUUUUAUGGCUCCAUUGUUGUCGAGAAUACACACUUCAUCCCAGGCAACGGCGAACCUUGCAUUAUUUGUGCAAAUCAUAGCAAUUCGCUAACAGAUGCUGUCCUACUUGUUGGAACAAUUCCGUCAGAAAAACGCAACUUUAUCCGCUUAACCGCAAAAGCCACUCAAUUCGGCCGUAAGACUUUCACAAGUUGGCUUAUCGAGGCAGCAGGUACGGUACCAAUUAAGCGCAGGAAAGAUUCGCCGGAUGUGGCGGUCGACAACAGUGAAGUAAUGGACAACCUCAAGAAGGUUUUAGAACAGGGUGACGCAGUUUGUUUAUUCCCCGAAGGUGCAAGCAGGUUUCAUCCGACUAUUGCUCCGUUGAAAACUGGAGUGGCUCGAUUAAUCUCGGACGUUCUUACACGAAAGAAGGAUGACCCAACAUUCAGAAUCCAUCUAUUGACAUGCUCUAUAACCUACAUGCAUCGGCAACACUUCCGCUCAGACAUAUUGAUUACAUUCCAUCCUCCAACACCGUUUACUCCCAAGGCGAAUCCAGAACUCAUUGCUCCCGUUGACUUUGGACACAUUCGAACAUUGACGAACCGCAUGCAGCAGCAACUCAGUGCAGGCACAUUUGACGCCCCGUCUUGGGAUAUCGUGCGUUGUGCGAAGCUUUCAGCACGAAUGUACGCACCUUUGGGAACACACAUGGCACUAGGAGACUACGUACGAGUCUGCCGUGCCUUUGUUGAGGCGUUUAAGUGGGCCGAAGCGGAAGGCCAUAUUGAGGGAGCUGCGACGAGCGGAUCUGAAGAGGAGGAUGAAGACCUCGUGCGGAAACGGUGUGCAUUUGUAAAUUCACUCCGGCGUGAUCUCAAGGACUACCAAGAUCAACUAGCACGCCUCGGGAUCAAAGACGAUCGUAUUCGCCGACCAGUUUCGCGACCUAUCAUUCUUUGGCGAAUACUCGUUCGACUCGCCAUGACUGCCGGACUCUUUCUCAUCUCACUCCCUGGACUAUUCCUCUGGCUCCCGAUUUUCGUCGCGACGCAAUAUGCGUCCGCACGCAUGGUGAGGACGGGUCCCGUAUGGGAUACAUGGGACGAGAUAGCACAGACGAAACUCGUUACAGGUCUCGCUGCAGGUUGUGCGGUGUGGGCUCUGGCUGUGCUUCUCACUCUCCCGAUUGCUUUUAUCACCGGUCCUGUAAUCCCUGUUAUCAUGUGGUUCACUCUGCGCUGGCUCGAGGACACUAUUGCCGCCAGUCGCGCCCUUCGUGCUCUCGCGCGGUUACUGUUGCUUGGCAAGCCGCGUUUGCGUGCCUUGUAUGCCACUCGACAAGAGCUAUAUGCUCGUUUAAUGGUACUUGCAGUCGACUACUUAAAGUUGCCACCAGAUCCCGAGACGCAUUUCUCCGAGAGUGGUGGAAGGGAGAAAGGUCGCGUCCGCAGUCGAUGGGAAGGCAAGGUGAAGUACUUUUCCGUCAAGAGAAGACGAAAGAGGGACUGGAACGAGACGCUGAAGUUGUACGAUACGGUUGACUAUCCGGAGGACUCAUUUUGA